CUGGCCAAAGAUAAGUUUCAUUUCCCCAUCAUUGCUACACUCUGUCCUCUCGUCUUCUGAGGUGUACUGCCCAUCGUCACUCAACAACCUAAUCCAAUCAAAUGAUUCAAUCAGACCGGGGGUUGGAAUUAAACCAGACCAAAUCCAACAAUAAAUUGUCUUCUUCACACAAAUCGUCUGAAAUUUAAGAACGGGUUGGUGUCGCAGUUGCAUUCUGCAGUGAGAAGAGACUGAUCUGAGCGCAAAGAAUCCAGGACACCACACUAUAUUUCUGACUUACUGCGUGUAGCGUGUUAGCAAAGCUUUGGCAAUGGCACUGGACGGAUGUGGCCAGCUGUGCAAGUGUAUCCUCAUAAUUUUUAACAUCAUUUUUGCCUUAGUGGGUUUUGCGAUGUUCGGGUUGGGCUUGUGGCUGAGGUUCAGCUCUGAGACCAGAGGAUUUUUCAACAUAGACCUCAACACACAACAGUUUGUCAUCGGUGUGUCAGUGUUGAUUGUGUUAGGAGCAGUGAUAUUGCUCGUUGCUGUUUUCGGAGGCUGUGGAGCAUGCAAUGAGAAUAUGAAUGCAUUGGCAGUGUUUUCCUGCCUGCUGGGUAUCCUGGCUGGAUUAGAGAUUGGAGUCGGUGUGUUAGCCUACAUGAGAAGCGAUGAGGUGGGAAAGCAGCUGGCAAAAUUCUAUAUGACUGUGUACGCUCAGUAUGUGGACAAAAGAGACCCUGGCUUGGCUGUUACCCUGUCCAUGUUCCACAAUGUGUUGCACUGCUGUGGAAUCGUUGGUGCCUUCGACCUCUUGGUAAAAAAAACAUGUCCCGAAACCAGCUUUUUGGAGACCUUCACUCUCCCUGCCUGCCCCACAAUGAUCGUCAACCUCUUUGAGUCCAAAGCGCCUCUGGUGAUGGGCCUCUUCCUUGGGACUGCUGCUAUGCUGAUCACAGCCCUGGUGUGCUGCAGCAUCCUCGUGAAACAGAUCAAGAGGAGUCACCUCUCUUCCCCCGUGUACUGAGGGGACAGGACCACCAUGUUCAAACAUUUUUCUCCACUAUGAGCCCAAAGCAGAUGGUUGUCAUUCAGUGACCAUCACCCCAUUCUUUCACAAGUGACGCACUGUCCAACAUCACCUUUCCCUGUAAUCACAUCAGUUUAGAAUCAUGUUUGUGUUGCAAUACUUUUACAAGUUUCAAAGUUUAAAUGUCAAUGUACUGCUGACAGAAUUAGCAUCUUAACAUGAUCUUAAGACUGUUAGGAAAUUAAUUUACGAGGAUUUAACGGCAAACUGGAUUAAUCCGUAGUUGGUUCUCUAUGCCAAAUUAAGUACAUUUAUUAAUAACAUCUAAUCAUUCUACACAAUUACAAUACUAAUCCCCCAACUCCACUUGUACACCCUGAGGUGAUAUGAAAGACUGAUUUCUUCAUUCCAUGUUUGGAUGUUGACGUGGGAUGAUAUCAUUUGCAAAGUUGAGUCAGGGGUCCUUAAAUAUGUCUCUAACGUUCUGUUUGCUUGACUUAUUACUUUGAUGCCAAUUUCUAGCUUAUGAACAACUGUUUUUUAUAAGCAAACUAAUGUAUGCAACUGGGAUACAUUUCCUUGUAAUGUUGAGUCACUCCAAUCGCAGCGGAUGUGAAACUUAGAACCUUAUUGCUCUUGGGAAUCAUAUCUCCCUGAAUGCCCCGUCAAGCAGCAGUUGUACUGGAGGCUGUUGAGUGUGAUAGAAUAAACACUUCAUAUGGAGUGGCUUGGUACACUAGCCAAAGUGUUGCCCUGUAAAUGCAGGCCGUGUCAGGCAGGAGUGGGCCAAAUGGUGUACUUAACCAGGUCAAGUGUCUUGUAGGAAGUCUUAUUUUAUGAGAACUACAAUUUCCAAUGCUUUUUUUUCCACUGUGAGAACCGCUUAUGUUCUGUUACAAGCUAAUACUACUGACUGUGCAACUUGGCACCAAAUGUGGGGAUUUUUGGUAAAAUAAAGUAGUUUUUUUCUUCCUUG